AUGGGCGAGGACAUCAACGACAAGCAAGCUGCGCACGACUGGCAAUCAAAGAAGACGCAGUACAGGAAUCUGGACGUGCUCAUACAGGCGGGAGAGUUUACGCUUGCCCGUCUGCCACCGGCGUCGUCUAUACCUACCUGCGUAUUGAAUCUCCUAUCUGAGCCUCUGAAGCCAGGAGGAGAGCCAUUCUUCUGCACAGUCUCGAGGACACACGAGGAACUCAGCAUUCUGGUCUCGACAUCGACAGGGCUCGCAGUGAAGGAGCUCGAGAAGGCUGUGGGUCCGUCAGAAGGUGGUCACGGUCUCGACGGUCCAUGGAAAGCCUUUCGCAUCCGAGGACCGAUGGAGUUCCACCUCGUCGGCGUGCUUCUCGAGUUCAGCAGAUGCCUUGCGCAACGUGCCAUCUCCAUCUUUGCCAUCUCGACAUGGGACACCGACUACAUCUGCGUCAAGGAGGACAACUUUGCAAAUGCAUGCCAAGCUCUCAAGGACGAUGGUUGGAACGUACUUGAUAAGACUGACUGA